AUGAAUAAGGAAUCCACGGUGGAGAAUGUGCGUGUAUUUGUACGAGUAAGGCCUUUCAAUUUUCUUGAAGGAAACUCUGGGUUAAGACAAGUUGUAUCAGUUGAGGAGAAUGAAGCUGUGCUAGUGACAAAACCAAAUACGGCAAAAACAUACAAGAAGUCGUACAAUUUUUCCAAAGUUUUCGAUAUUUCUGCCACCCAAAUGGAUGUGUAUAGAACCGUAGCAGUACCCAUAGUGGAGAAACUAUUUGAAGGGUACAAUGGUACUAUCUUCGCGUAUGGGCAAUCAGGAACUGGAAAAACCUACACUAUGAUAGGGGAUACCUUGAAGGACCCCCAAAAGGGUAUAAUACCAAAUAUAUUUUCCCACAUUUUCUCCGAAAUAUCUGUGGCCAACAACGACAUGUCCUACCUAGUCACAGUAACAUACCUAGAAAUAUACAACGAAGAAGUGCGGGAUCUUCUGGCAGACGAUGCAAACAAAAAACUAGCCAUUAGAGAACGCACCGAUGUAGGUGUGUACGUCAAAGACCUACUAGGCUUCACCGUCGAUUCAAUGGAGUCCGUAAACGAUCUGCUGAAUAGGGGCAACAAGAAUCGAGCAAUCGGCUCUACAAAGUUGAACGCUUUAAGUUCCCGAUCGCACGCCAUCCUCACGGUCGCCGUAGAGUCCAAAAACAAGUCCACCAACACGGCGAAAUUCGGAAAGUUGAACCUGGUGGACCUGGCCGGUUCGGAAAGGGUAUCGAAAUCGCAAGCAACCGGCGAAAGACUGCGCGAAGCUGGCAAAAUCAACCUGUCGCUAUCAGUGCUAGGUAACGUGAUAUCAGCCUUGGUCGACCAAAGUACCACGCAUAUACCAUACAGGAACUCCAAGUUGACAAGGCUUCUACAAGAUUCACUGGGUGGCAACUCGCUAACAGCCAUGGUAGCAAUGGUGAGUGCAUCAGAAUUGGAUUACGAUGAAACCAUUAACACUUUGAUGUACGCUGAUAGAGUCAAGCAGGUCAAGAACUAUUUGACUGUUAACGUGGAGAAAAAUAGCGUUAUAAAGCAGUUUGAAGUCAAAAUACACGAACUUGAAGCCCAGCUGAACACUUUGAACAACAAUAGUAAGGAGAAAAGGACAAGAAGUAAAACCAAGAUACACGACGAACAACUUUUAGACGUCGAGUAUCAAAAACGCGAACUCCUCACCAAAAUCAACAUGAUCCAAAAGAAAAUCCUUGUCGGUGGGGAGAAUCUAGUCGAGAAAGCCCAAACGCAACUAUUUCUUCUGGAGAAUACCGAACGGGAAAUCCAAUCACUGGACACCAAUCAAAAACAACUCGAAGACGCCCUCUUUCUAAAGGAAGUGGAGAAAGAUUUGACGCAGAAAAAAUACACGAGCCUUCAGGAGGAAGACAAAGAGUUGAACCGACAAAUAGAGGAAGCAGAAAAACUCGUGGCGAUGGAGACCAAAAAUUUGAUAAGCAAAGAGAACGGGUAUCAACACGAAAUCGGCAUUCUACUGUACGAUAACAAGUGCUUGGCGAAACAGUUGCAACUCGUUAGGCUGUUGAAAGAGCACUGCGUACCGGAGUGUCAACUGUCAAAAGUGCUGGAUAAUGUUUACUGGGAUAAAAGGGAGAAUGAGUGGAGGCUUAAGUUUGUCGCUCACAGUGGCAAUAAUAUGAGAAAAAAGAGGACAAAAUCCAAGUCGGCUAGCGAUCUCUCCUGGAAUAUUAAUAAGGAUGCCUUUCAGAAGUACAAAAAGAAGAUUGAUAAGAAUAGGAGUUUGGAUAAGUUUUAGGCUAUUUAUA